AUGAAGCUGUUGCAGCAGUGGCAGGCUGCUGCCCUCCUUCUCUGGGUCUCCCAGGGCGAGGCCCAGGCCCACGGUCACGGCGCCCACCAACGCGCCCACGCUGUCCGUCGCCUCAACCACUCUCACAACCACAACCUCGCCGAGAACCAGAUCCUCGGUCGCAGCAGCAUCGUUCGACGGAAUUCCCAGGGCAAGGCCCUCUGCUCUCUGCCGAGCCAUCCUGAUCUCGUCAAGGUCCCCGGCGCUAAGAACAGUGGCUUCGCCAUGAGCCCCGACCAGGAAUGUGUCGAAGGCAGCUACUGCCCCAUUGCCUGCAAGUCGGGCAAGGUCAUGGCCCAGUGGGAGCCCGGCUCCUCCUUCACCUAUCCCUCUUCCAUGAACGGCGGAUUGUACUGCGGCUCCAACGGCGAGCCCGAGAAGCCCUUUGAGGACUCGCCUUACUGCGUCGACGGAGCUGGCACCAUCACGGCUGUCAACGAGUGCGGCAAGCCGCUCUCCUUCUGCCAGACCAUCCUCCCUGGCAACGAGGCCAUGCUGAGUCCCACCGUUGUCGACAAGUCAGCCACCCUCGCCGUGCCUGACCCGAGCUACUGGUGCUCCACAAGCGCGCACUUCUAUGUCAACCCGCCUGGCGUCCAAGAAGAGGGCUGCAUCUGGGGGGACGAAUCCAAGAACAUUGGCAACUGGGCCACCUACGUCGCUGGCGCCAACCAGGAUGCCAAGGGUCAGACCUUUGUCACCCUCGGGUACAACCCCAAAUGGGAAGAAACAAACAUGAAGAACACCAUGCCUAGCUACGCCGUUAAGAUUGAGUGUCCCGAUGGUGGCUGCAACGGCACGCCCUGCUCCAUCGACCCCUCCCAGAGUGGCUCAGGGGAGGUCACCAGCAACAACGCUGGCACCGGCGCCGGCGGCUCUCAGUUCUGCGUCGUCACCGUACCCAAGGGUUCCAAGGCCAACAUUGUCGUCUACCCCAUCGGCGGAUCUGGUGGGGACAGUGACGACGACGACGAAGACGACGAAAAGGACGAUGACAAGGACGAUGAGGAUGACAAGGACGAUGAGGAUGACAAGGACGACGACAAGGAGGAAGAGAAGAAGAAGGAGCCUGAGACCACACCUGUGCCUACUCCGACCCCCACACCUACCCCGACGCCGACGCCCACACCGACACCGACUCCCACUCCAGAGCCUACGACCGAGGAGCUCACUACGUCGAGCCUCAUCAAGGAAACCUCUUCCGAGAGGGAAAUCGAGACGUCUUCCGAAGUGCCCCGCCCCUCGAUCAACCCCGUCUUCGGCUCCCGUGAGCCUCGCCACCAGCCGCGUCGACGUGGCCCCUGCGCCUGA